AUGUCUAACGAGAGGGAAUUGGAAGAGUCACUGAAGAGUGGCGGCGAAAUUGCGAGCACGGCCUUGGUAGCAGUCCAGGCUUCGGAAAUCCUGAAAGCAACUUUGCAUGAUCAUGAUUUCCUGCAGAGUUUCGUGAGAAUUGGUCUCGAUGAUGAUUCUGAAGAGAAAUUGGCAAAUUCGGAAACCGAGCCUGCAGCUGCUUGCAGCGGGGUCUCGGUUGGUUUUGAGAUUACUAAGAUAGAAGGAUCAUCUGACAAACCCAAGGAAACGACUGUCAAGUCUGAUAGGAGUCAGGUUGCGACGAAGAAAAAGAAUAAACGCUGUUCGAAGGUUUUAAAGAUGUCCUUAGAUGCCGAGAUGAAGGAUGGGAAAUCGAAAAAGAAGCGCAGACGAAGAGGUCGCCAUCAGGAGGAAAUCUACACGGACAAGGAUCGAGCUGCAGCUGUUAAUAUGGGAACGCACGACAUAAAACAAUCUUUAAAGAUAAAAAGACGUCAGGAUAGGAGCAGAGCUCUUUGCAUUCCCGAAGAAGCCGAACCAGGCACCUUGCUUGCCCUGGGAGCUCGAGAAAUGAGGUCCGGAGAUAUCAACACGGCCAUCGAUUGCAUCAACAAGGCGCUGCAUCUUAGUCCUGGGGACAAAAACGCACUUCUCGCCAGGAGCAAGUGUUACUUAUUACUGGGAGAUCCUCAGAAGGCGUUAGACGACGCCGAGGCAGCGCUCAGAGGAAAGUCAAAGGACGUUAUCGCCGCUCGAGCAAUGUUCUACAAAGCUGAGGCACUGUACCAUCUCGGAGAUUUUGAGCUCAGCCUCGUAUUUUACUACAGAGGGAUGCGAAUUCGUCCAGAAUUUGAUCAGUUCCGGCUUGGGGUGCAGAAAGCGAAAGAAGCGAUACAGAACAUACUCGGUGACGCAGAACCGAUUCCAAUAGCCGGUUUCGAGGACCCCGGUUUGCCGGCGCAGUCGGAGGGCCCAGAAAAGCCGGAGAUUUCAACGCCGGAAACACCUGCAACAGAAGAGUCGAAAUCUCCCCCGAAGGAUCGGAAAGAGAGAGAAAUUUCUACGAAUGGACUACCUGCGGAUGGGACACCACAGUCGACCGGUAAACGCAAAAGCACCGAACCCAAUCUUCUCGGGCAACUCAACGUCGACAAAAGAUACCUGCAAAACCUUCUAAAGCGACCAGAUGUUAAAGCUGCCCAUCAAGAGUCAGCAGAUCAUAUUACGGUUCAUGCCGAAGAAGGAAUAGCAUUUUUGAAAGCUCGUCAAGAAUUCUGGCGACAGCAACACGCGACGAAUCAACCUGCCUCGUAAAUAGUGAAUUAUUAUAUAUAUAACAGUCCCCGUGAACACUAAAAUCAAAUUCAAUCCAUUUAAAAUAUUAACUGAACGG